CACUGAGCUCGACCAGAUGGAGGGGAAUGCGGUUGAAAAACGCCAUCGAACACGAUCCAAAGGAGUCCGAGCUGCUGUGGAAGCUGUUACACAGGAGUUAUUCAGCUGUCCCACCCCCGGCUGUGAUGGCAGCGGUCACGUCAGCGGGAAGUACGCCAGGCACCGCAGUGUCUACGGCUGCCCGCUGGCCAAGAAGAGGAAGGCUCUGGAAAAACAGCCGCUGGAGCCGGCUGCCAAGAGGAGGCCCUUCCUCACCUCCUGCCCGGGCGAGGAGGAGGAGGAGGAAGACACCGCCGAAGGGGAGAGAGAAGGCGAUGAGGAAGAAGACGGGGAGGUGGAGGACGAGUUCUCGGAGGACAACGAGGAGCAGGGAGAGGAGGAGGAAGAAGAAGAGGAGGAGGAGGAGGUGGAGGUGGAGAGAGCGGAUGCGCCAAUAAGAGGGGAGCGGACGGAGGAGGAGGAGGAGGAGGAGGGGAUGGACGAAGAGGAGGAAGAAGUGGAGGACGGUGAUGACGAGGAGGAGCAGGAGGAAGACGAGGAUGAGGAGGAAGAGGAGGAGCAGAAUCAGAACCACUACAAACCCGGUGGACAAUCAAAGCUCCUUCCGGUUCAGAAGGACGACAACAACAACAGCUGCACCAUCGGCGUCGGGAACGCCACCGGAGAAGAGUACGAGAACUACGACGAGCUGGUGGCCAAGUCGCUGCUCAACCUGGGCAAGAUCGCCGAAGACGCCGCCUACCAGGCCAUGACCGAGUCCGAGAUGAACAGCAACUCCUCCAACAGCGCCGGAGAGGACGAUGACGACGACGAGGAUGACGGGAGCGAGCAGGGCGACAGGAAGGGCGAGCUGAGCGUGGACCUGGACAGCGACGUGGUCAGGGAGACGGUGGACUCCCUGAAGCUGCUCGCACAGGGUCACGGCGCCAUGCUGCCCGAGGACGGCUACCCGGAAGGCACCAUGGUGGACGACGGCGGCCACGUUAACGGGCGGCCUGGCGGCGGGGUCAGGGUUCAGGCGGACGAGAGCGAGGAGGAGGUGUGCCUCAGCAGUCUGGAGUGUCUGAGGAACCAGUGCUUCGAUCUGGCUCGGAAACUGAGCGAGACGCAGCCGUCUGACCGCCCCGCCCUCCACGCCCUCCACCAGCAGCUGCAGAACCCGCCGGACCAGCAGGUGGAGCCGCGGUCUCUGGAGCGCAGCUACUCCGACAUGGUGAACCUGAUGAAGCUGGAGGAGCAACUGAGCCCGGCGUCCAGAGGUUACCCGACCAGCUGCAGCCAGGAGGGCGACGAGGACACCACGUCGGUGGCCUCCGACCGCUCGGACGAGACCUACGACAUGGCCAAGGGAAACCUGUCGCUGCUGGAGAAGGCCAUCGCCCUGGAGUCAGAGAGAGCGAAGGUCAUGAGGGACCGCAUGGCCUCGGAGCACGCCGUGCCCCGGCGGGAUCACCAUCACCUCCGCGGCCAGGGCGAGCACAGCCCGAGGCUGAGCAGCGGCGCCGAGGAGCGCAAGUCCAGGAUGCACCAUGACGGGUUGAAGAGGGCGUACUACCCUAAAGACUCUUCCAGAGGGGAGAAGAAGGAGAGCAAGUGUCCGACGCCGGGCUGCGACGGGACAGGUCACGUGACGGGUCUGUACCCGCACCACCGCAGCCUGUCCGGGUGUCCCCACAAGGACCGAGUCCCGCCUGAGAUCCUUGCCAUGUAUGAAAAUGUUUUAAAGUGCCCUACUCCCGGCUGCUCUGGACGGGGUCAUGUCAAUAGCAACAGGAACUCGCACCGCAGUCUGUCCGGCUGUCCCAUCGCUGCCGCAGAGAAGAUGGCAAAGGUUCAUGAGAAGAGCCACUCGACUGACACCGGCAGCAAGACCAAUCAGACAUCAGACCGCGUCCUCAGGCCGAUGUGUUUCGUCAAGCAGCUGGAGAUUCCUCAGUACGGCUACAAGAACAACGUCCCGACCAGCACGCCGCGCUCCAACCUGGCCAAGGAGCUGGAGAAAUACUCCAAGACCAGCUACGACUACGGCGGCUACGACGGGCAGCAUGGCGGCUACGGGAAGAGAGGCCCGACAACCAAGUCCCACCACGGGCGAGACACCUCCCCGAAGGGAUACGACGCGAAGCGCUACUGUAAGACGUCGAGCCCGGCCAGCAGUACGACCAGCAGCUACGCUCCCAGCAGCAGCAGCAGCCUGAGCUGUGGAGGAGGAGGAGGAGGAGGAGGAGGUGGCGGAGGGGGCGGAGGAGGAAGCAGCGCCAGCAGCACCUGCAGCAAGAGCAGCUUCGACUACACCCACGACAUGGAGGCGGCCCACAUGGCGGCCACGGCCAUCCUCAACCUGUCGACGAGGUGCCGGGAGCUGCCGCACGCUCUGGCGGGAAAACCCCAGGACCUGCUGACACAGGUAAGUCCGGUUGGUGACCUGGACGACAGCGGUGCAGUGGAUGUGGCGGGUCAGCCCGGCGGUCCGGAGGGCAGCGGGACGGUGUUGACCCCCCUGCAGCCGAUGUCGCCCCAGCGGCAGGCUCUGCUCAGCAGCCGCUGCUACCAGCUGAGCGAGGCCGACUGCUGGGACCUGCCCGUGGACUACACCAAGAUCAAACGCCUGGGAGACGAGCAGGACCACAAAGAGGUAACAGGAAGCGACGAGCUGGAUCCCUUCCAGGAGCUGCUGGACGAGCAGCGCUACCCGACCGAGGUGACCAUGCCCAGCCCCAAACACCACAAGUACCCGCCCUGCAAGGAGAGCAAGAAGGAGCUCAUCACGUUGUCGAGCUGUCAGCUGGCCGACAAGAACAUCCGCGGGAUGAUGACGACCAACUCUCAAGAACUCAAGUGUCCGACCCCAGGUUGUGACGGAUCUGGACACAUCACUGGAAACUACGCCUCCCACAGGAGUUUGUCGGGUUGUCCACGCGCCAAGAAGAGCGGCAUCAAAAUCGUCCACAGCAAAGAGGACAAGGACGACCAGGAGCCGAUCAAGUGUCCGGUCCCGGGCUGUGAUGGUCAGGGUCACGUGACGGGGAAGUACGCCUCCCACCGCAGCGCGUCCGGCUGCCCCCUGGCGGCUAAGAGGCAGAAGGACAGCUACGUCAACGGCUCGCAGUUUGUCUGGAAAUCUGGGAAGACGGACGGCAUGACGUGCCCGACCCCGGGCUGCGACGGCUCAGGACACGUCAGCGGGAGCUUCCUGACACAUCGGAGUCUCUCCGGUUGUCCCCGAGCCACCUCGGCCAUGAAGAAGGCCAGGAUGAGCGGCGUGGAGAUGCUGACAAUCAAGCAAAGAGCGAGCAAAGGCAUCGAAAACGAUGAAGAAAUCAAACAGCUGGAUGAAGAAAUCAAAGAUUUGAACGAGUCCAACAAUCAAGUGGAGUCAGACAUGAUAAAACUGAGGACACAGAUCACCACCAUGGAGACCAACCUGAAGUCCAUCGAGGAGGAGAACAAGGUGAUCGAGCAGCAGAACGACUCGCUGCUGCACGAGCUGGCCAACCUCAGCCAGUCGCUCAUCAACAGCCUCGCCAACAUCCAGCUGCCGCACAUGGAGCCAAUGAAUGAACAGAACUUUGACACUUACGUGAGUACACUGACAGACAUGUACACCCACCAGGACCAGUACCAGAGCCCGGAGAACAAGGCGUUGCUGGAGAACAUCAAACAGGCCGUUCAGGGCAUCCAGGUGUAGCCCCGACUGAGGCCAAAAUAACAAAUGCAAAGCAAAAACAACAGAAAAAAAAAGUCAAAAAGAGGGGGAUGGGUUGUUUUUUGCUGCUGUAAUCUACCACAGUUGUUUUAUUUCUUCUGCUGUUAUGCUCUCAACUCCAUGGGUAUCUCUUUUUUUAUUAUUUUGAUUGUUGUUGCCUUGCUUUGAGAAACGAUUACGUUUUAAACGAACAUUCACGUUUUGUACAUUUUCAUAUGACCUAAUAUAAUGUGAUGUACUGUUUAUAGCUGCUAAUGUAUGCACAUUCUAGUGUAUAUGUAUGUAUUUAUUUAUUGUAAGCUUGAAUCAUUUCUUAUUUUGAUGCGAUUUACAUUACAUCGAAAAACUUGGGCGUCACGGGUUUAACAGGGAGCAGCGCGGCGAGGCGGGAGAACGUGAAGAGCAAUCAUUUCCGAGAGGCUUUUCUCACGAGCUGUGAAGCUGGAGGUCGUUUAAAUCCAUUGAUUUUUGUAAUGUUUGAAAGUGGACACUAAUGUUACUGUAAAUCUUUAGCUGAGAUUACGAGGAGAACCAAUGCUGUACGCAAAAAAAAAGAAGAUUUCAAACAUCAUGACACGGAAACUUACUGGUGCAAAAUCCCAUCAUCCCCUUCGGAGUUGUUUCGUUUCAAACUGUCCUCUUCUGUCGCUUUUCUUUGUUCAUGCGAAGAAGGAAGCGGGAAAAAAACGAUGGCUACGGAAAAAUGUAGGAGACAAUCUGCCAUUCUGAAUUUAUUUUAGUCAUCACCCUUGACUAGCUUAAUAGGACAACGUGUCAGCAAUAUUGGUAUGAUAAUACUAAAUCGUUUGUUUAGAUAUGGGAUGCAAUCUAUAUGAAAAAAUGUUUGGGUAUAUGCAA